AUGUCCAUGACACAGCGUGUCCUCCGUCGUAACAGGAGUCUUCCUGCGUCAAGAUAUUGUCCUUACACUAUAGGGACUAAUAUUCCCAAGGAGAAGCAGAGAGAAGAGGUUGUCAAACUAGGAGUUAAGCUCUCGCUCUUUGUGGCUGAAGCAAUGUUCAUAUUAUCUGAUGACAUACGAAGAAUGUUUCUUGCUAUUGAAUAUGUGUUUGAAACAUAUAUCAAACCCAAGAAUGGAAUCUACAAGGGUGGUGGCAAAUCGAUCCAAUGGGAGAAUUUCAACCCGUCUUGCCUGCAUUUUGCUUUUGUAGUCAGAGUUUUGGAUCGCAUAGUUACGAUUCUCAGAAAUGGUGGCGUAGUGAGAUCGUCUGGUUUUGUACACUGCAACCAAGAGCUGAAGAAGCUAGAAGAGAAGUUGAGGUCUUUGAAGGAUGUUUCUGAGGCGAAUGGGUUUGCGAGGGAAGCAAUAGAGUCUAACAUUAUUCACUCAUGGAAGUCUCUCUUUGAAACAACACAUGAAGUGUUAAACACUAAGACAAGAUUUAUUGCGCUGUUUAAGUCUGCCGUGGAUGAAAUAAACCAGUAUGUUUGCUGUCGCGGUCUUGCUUCUUUGCUCAUAUGA